GGGUAGGCCGGCGUGGUUGCAAGAUGUUGCGAGGGAGCCACCUCAGCGGACCAAGACUGCCUGCCUCCCUCUCUUUCUACCCGCGCUCUCUUUACACCCUACUCGCGCCUGCUCUCCCUCCCAUAGCUAUCUUUGUGCGCCCUACUUGUUAUUGGUCCUCCUAUGCCUCCCCCUUACCACACCUCGACCUCUCACUGGUUUCUAUAAUAAUAUUUUCGUUUGCCUUUCUUGGGUCAGACUUCUCCAGUAACCGCUUGAUCAGCUAAACUAUUACUUCCCCUGGCCUGCAGGCCUAAAUGGCAGUCACACCCUGGCUGAUCCGGCAAAUACUUUUCCAGUUUCCUCUUGAAGCCUUCUGCCUUUGUUUCAGCAAUAUUUAUAAGUUCGUUAGCAGAAGGUCAGAGUCGUUGACUUCAGAUGCAGUGUCGUUAAUUGUGGCACCCCCUACUUUUCUCACUCCUGUCUUCCACUCCAGUAAGGGCCUAUGGAUCAUAAUUUUGUCAGGGUGUUGGGUUGGCGUGUUGAUUAAGGUGGAGUUUGUCCUUGGGUAGAUCCCUGUAGGGUGCCGGUCGAGUGGUGGUUGGCCAGCAAGAUAAGGCGGCAGUGUACCCCGCCUUCUCACUUAAAUCAUUGGACCUGCAAGACUAAAACUUUUUAUCCUAUUACUCUCAUUUUUGAACCCUCACUGAACACUUCGGAUCAUCUAUGAUGAACUUGAGUAGAAUUUUAUGUAAGGUUGGUUGUGUUGAGUGUUGCAUGUGUGGGUGCGUGCGUGGGGUAGUGUCCUGGCAGAGGCGCGCGUGGCGGGCCUACAGUGUAGGUAGGUCGGUGUAGCGUUCGUACGCGGGAGAGGGCAGUGUGAGGUGCGCCGCCCAGCCGUGUGGAGGUAGGGCCGCCUCGUUCCCUUGUGCCGUCGCCACUGCUACCACCCGCUAAGUCUCUGCCUACACUAGUGAGCGUGUGUCCGUCUAGCUGGCUGGAGGCCGCCGCCGCUCUCCCUCCUCCUCCUCGCUUUAUACCCCCACAUCAUCCUCUACAGUAUUGCCGCACCAUGGCUUCAACUCCUCUCUUUAGCAAGGGGCACUGCCCACCAGGCCUGCUUACACUAGCCAAUCAGCAGGCCCAUCGCCACCCAUAUACUCCACAGUUCAUCAUCACACAUUGAACGAUUGUGUUUAAAAUGUUUUGAAAAAAGUGGUCAGUGUAUUUCUAAAUACUAAUGUGAACACAUUACAGUGAUGAAACUUAACAAUGUGUUAUUUGUGACAAAGGCAUAGAUGGACAUGGUGGUGGUGAUAUGGUGGUUGACACUACAAGCAGUAACUCUCAAGUGAAGGUGUAUCAUGUGUUUUACGUACUGUGAUUGUUUAACUGUGUGUCUGAAUGAGUGAGUGUGAGGAGGGAGAGUGGAAGAGCAGGAUAGGAUUGAACAAGGGAAGGGUUGAGGAGUGGGCCUUGGGUGGUAGUGACGGGUGAGUCGGGAGGCUGGUCUGGUGGGGAGUGGCAGGGACAGGACUGCUGGUCCCAGAUAGGGGAGUUAUUCCCACCACCUCCCCCCACAUGGCUACCACUCCGCAACAACCAGACCCCCUCACUCCUCCACUUCUUCACCGACGUAGCAACCCUGCAUAUGAACAUGAACUGACCAUCUCGUAAGCAAGCAAAGUACUGAUGCUUUAGUAUUCAGUGAGAGAAAUGAGCAGAAAUAAAUGCAACUAGCGCUCCUGAUGAUGGGAAGUGACCAGUACUGCCUCAAGUGGAACAAUCACUGGGCUAACCUGAUCCGUGUAUUCAACUCCUUACUGCAGUCAGAAACAUUUGUAGAUGUGACAUUAGCAUGUGAGGGGCGCCAUUUGAAGGCUCAUCGACUGGUGUUGUCAGCAUGCUCCCCAUACUUCAAGGAGCUACUUGUAGCACAUCCAGACAGACAUCCCAUUGUAAUCCUUAAAGAUGUCAGGUACUCUGAACUUCGCACUCUUAUAGAGUUUAUCUAUAAUGGAGAAGUGUCUGUUGAGCAGCAUGACCUUGCUGCACUAUUGUGCACUGCCAGAGAGCUACAGAUAAAGGGCUUGGCAGAUAAUCGCCUUCAUGGAGCACUCUCCCCUCCACAACCUAAAAGAAGAGAGUCUUGUGAGUCAGUUAGCCACACACACACAACAACCACUGCUUCUUCCACAAGUACCACAGACUCGUCAAGUGCUGUAAAAAGCAUUAGUCCUCGUCGAAAAAUUGGGUCAGAAGAUAGACCUCCACCUCCACUGACAGCCCUACCUCCUCUGACAGCCCUACAUCCAGGAUUGCCAGCAUUAAUCUCAUCUCAUGUCUCUACCUACCAAUCACGGACAUCCUCCCGGGAAUCCUCGCCUGUUCACAAACGACGAAAAGUGUCUACAGGGGGUAGUGAUGACGAAUCUAGUACUUGUGAAGAUACCAGUAAACGGUUGCGAUCAGAAGCAACAAAUGGGCAUUCGCCUUCCCACCAGGAGCAUAAUGAUAGGCAGUACACAGCUGUUGCAGGACCAUCAGGUCUCUGUCUGCAAGAUUCUAAUAGGAGAGAGGAUAGUAACAGCAGAGAUUCCAACUGGGAUGCAGACAAAUCAUCACCGUCCAUAAUAAAAAUAUCUGGAAGUCAAACAGACACCGUCACAGGGGAGACCAAAACCUCAGAUCACUCGGAAGACGACUCAGAUGAUGAACAUGGCCCCAUGACUAUCCAAUCACCAGAAGUAAUCCUGGAGGAAGGAGAGGUUGGUAUGGGAUCGACGGGUCCUCCAUCAUCUGUACCUUCACCCUCUCUGGCAGGGAGUGGACUUGGGAACACCUCCAUUACUUCUGCAGGUCUUGGGGGCUCACUUGCCCCUGGUGGUUCCCUCCCUCCACAAGUAGCACUCCUUCACCAAGCAUUAGCUUUAGGAUAUCAUCCUCUUCAUCAUUACUUUCCUUCAGGUCUCCUUGAGCAACAGCAGCAGCAGCCUCAACAACACUCUGGAGUAUCUCCUCCCAAAGACAUUAUGAAGAUUUUAGAGGUAAUGCAAGCUUUACCUCCUGGUACUCAUUUACCUUUGACACUUGGAAGUUCCUCUAAUGUUGGAGUAACCUCUAGUCUAGGGCUAGGACUGUCUGGAGCAUCUGGGUCAGCAACAAAAUCUACAGUAUCAUUAAGUGUAGCUAGGGACAAAAAUGUUGGGAGUGGCAUUACGUGUCACAUCUGUGCCAUGAUAUUACCUUCAUCCCAUCAUCUAGAAGAACAUGUGCGUAUCCAUGAGGAAGAGAAACCAUUCAAGUGUGACCAGUGUGGACAGCGCUACAAGUACCAGUCUGCAUUUCAGCGGCACCAGGAACAAAAUCAUACCGCUAAGCUUCCUGGAGAUAAACCGUUUCGUUGUGGUGUGUGUGGUCAAUGCUUUAAGUAUCAUAAGAGCUUUACUAAACAUCGCUCCAAUCACGAUGUCCUAGAUCGAAUAAUGAAAGCAGAAUCGGAUGAAGGACGACUAACAACCCGAGGCAUUCAUGAAUCUUAUCUCCAAAGACUUUUGAUAAAUGAAUCUUCAAAGAGUGAAUCUGAAGCUUCUGUGACUCUAAAAGAAGAAGGCAUAGAGUCACAGCAAGGAGCUGAGCAGCCGUCCACAUCAAAUCCCAUCACAUUUAAUGCUGCCCUUCUUCAAGCAGUUAAACCAGAAAAUGGUGUAAGAAAGUAUGAAGAUGGGGAGGAGGAGGAGGAGGAGGAGGUAGAUGGUGAGGAGGAGGAAGGGGAAUAUGAAGAAGAAAAUAAGGGUAAAUUUGUGUAUUGUGUUAAGUGCAAGUUGACAUUCCGUGAUGUAGCCAGUUUUGAAGGCCACUGCCGAAGGUCAACAGACUGCUCGCUAGAUACUUUACGAGAAGUGAAUGUAAAUGAUGGGCCUGGGUUGUCUUGCCCACCCAGCAUUGCAUCAUCUCCUCAGGCCUCACCCCGGUUGUCCCCAAGUAGUGUCUCGGGACCGCCUCGCUCUCCUCUUCCAGCCUCGACUCCUAUGGCUAUGCCAUCACCUCCUGCCACUACCACUCCUAUAGGUGGCCUUCCUCCGUCCUCAUCUGUGGCAGUUAGCACUGCCACUGCCAGUACCACCACUAUAACCCUUGGGACCAGCACUCCUCCUGGCCACAAUAGUCUCUUUAAAAUUGAUUCUCGGGGGGCCUUAUUGCUAACUCAAGCUUCCCUCACCCCAGCUUCUGAUCCUCGAGGGGAUGAAGAGCGACCGUUUAAGUGUCAGUUUUGCCAGAAAGGUUUUAAGGGUCGGGAAAACCUGAAGCUUCAUAUUCGUACUCAUACUGGAGAAAAGCCAUAUAACUGUGGUGUUUGUGGCAAGGCUUUUGGUGGCCGCUCUGAUAUGAAUCGUCACCUGCGCAUUCACACUGGUGAGAAACCAUAUCCAUGUAAGGUCUGUGGAAAGAAAUUUGCUCGUGCAGAUUACCUGUCUAAGCACAUAACCACGCACCUUGGGGUCCCAUUCGCAAAACCAGUGCAUAGUUUGCAACAGAGUCUUCAAAAUUUAGAAAAUAUGCAAAAUCUACAAAAUCUACAUAAGUUACAAAAUAUGUCUAAUGAAUAAUACCAAAAUUUCCCCAAAUAUUUAAGAAGAUAAAUUUUUAUAUAUAUAUUUACAUUCUUAUAAUAAAUUAGUUGAUAUUGUAAGCACUAAAAGUGCCACUUCUGCUUGUAAAGCAGUUAAAUCAAAGGUUCUGAACCAGUGACAGUAACUGUGUUACAUACCUAGUUUUUUAAAUUUAGGUAUUGAUAUUGUUGUCAUAUUUCUUACUCUCUAAAGAGAUUAAAACUAUGUAGUGGAUUAGUGGUAUAUGAGGGUGAGCAGAUCAUUGGGCACAUCUGCAGCGUUGAGUAUCCUUGUGAUCUAGUCACUGCCCCAAAUUGCACAGAGCUUCACACCGUCUGCUGUGCUGACCACAUUUAAUAAUUCAAGCCCAGUUGCUAAGUAUCUUUUGUUAUCAAUGUUAAUGUCUUUUCACAAUUAUUGGUAUUCAUCAGGAGCUCCUAUGUUUUUUCCUCCCAGUGAAAUAGACUGGGCAAGGAGGCUUGAGGUCAUAGUACAAGGUAGGUUAGUGUGGGCAUGGGUUGUAUCCAGUGCCCCAUGGAUGUGCUCUCCCUCUUACCACCAAACUAUCUACACCACCUGCGUCACCUGGCCGCUUCCCAGUGCGACACGACUGCCAAAAUCACCUCAUGCCUACCUGCAAAGUCCCACUUUGUUCCCUCUCCCAUAUUCUCUCCUAUACCAUCUUGGCUUUAGAGUGAUGGCAGGGGCAUGGGGCCUUGAAUUUAACCAAGGUCAAUCUGGAGACCCGAGGUUGCCUCGCUAUGGUCAGUGUUAGGCAAUAGCUGUGCACAUAGCCACAAGUGUAUAACCAUGUACAGUACUGGAUUGUUUUGCUGUGGAGGUUUCAAGCCUUCUAUAUUGUCAUUGUGGUCUGAUGUUGCGGAGGUUGCCUGGCCUGUAUGCCCACCCCAGUGGAAAAUGAUGGUGCUAGCAUCUACUUUGUGUGCACUUACCUGGUGAAUACACCUUGAUUACCUCAUACUUUCAUACUUAGAUAUGCUCUAUCUAAAUUAAAAUUUAAAUGAAAAUGAUUUAGAAUUAAUAGAAAUGUUUGAGUUUGGGGUUAUCAAAGUGAGUCAAGAACCAGUCACUGGUAGUCCUUAGGGACCUUGGUGGGUUGUAGGACGGGCUGGUUAGUUAAUGUAACAGUCUGGCUUAUGACACUCUGGCCGGACUCUAAACUACUUGCUCGUGAUAGUGUAAGUACAUACCAUAGAGCAUUUGUGCACCAAGUGAAAGUUGACCAAGUCAACUUUAAAGUGAAAGCAGAGCUUGUUUAUGGCAUAAGUGACUGUUGAAUUUUAUUUGUACCAUACCACAGAUAUGUCCCUAGUGUUAUUGAUAGAAAUUAGGAAUACUGUAGACGAGCCUAGCUCGUUAAACUGUAGCUUUUAGCCCUCCACCUGUUCUUUCUUGUGUGCAUCACCAGUGACCAUAGAGGAGGCACGCGAGUCACAUCUCACACACUUCUCGUCUUUGUCUUCAGCUUUUUCAUACCUCUUUCCUUAGUUUAACAAACUUUUCUUGUCUUUCAUUUAUAAAGUAUGUCAUGAUUGACAGGGCAACAUUUUCAGCCAAAUUUUAAACUCAUCCUACAAUUAAAAUUGGGGCUCAAGAGUUUUAUUAGUGUCUUAAAUGUAUAGUUGAAUCUGGAGAACACUACACAAAAUACUUUUAUGUGUUGUGCUUUUGGAAUUUAAUGUGAAUGGAUUAAUGUUUGGCUGAGAUUGUAGCAAUUGAGCCUUGGCUCUUGAGAGAGUGCAAGUUCUAGUGAUGUAAGGUCAGCCAAGCUGCGACUAAGGACGGCAUGUUAGGAGAAGCUACACCACAUGCACACCUUGUUGGUCUGUGAUAUUGAAAGAAGUUUGUUGGGUCCCAAAUGCUGCCCGAUAUUAAGGGUUUUUGAGCAGCAGCAGGUAGGGGGCACCCCACAUCUUUUGUCCAGAAGGAAAAUUGUGUUAGACUGAGAAUUCUUUAGAAUUCAUGUGUUUUAAUGACUAAUGUCUGUUACCAAAAUGAGUCAUGUGAUGACAAAGUUGAUUGUUCUGUGUAGCAUUCGAAAUGCUAAAACGCUUUUUCCAGUUACUGGAUGGUAGUUAUUUGUUAAUUGAACUGAGUGGUAAUUCAGUUAACUAGAAUGUGGCACCACAAAUCUUCAAGCACCAUUACAGUAGCAGCAACAACUAAAAUAUAUUUCCCUUCCUGGGUACUGUGUUAGUAGGAUAUAACUUUCAUAUGGAGAUUUGCUCAUUUAUUUUAAUUAAUUUUCCCUGUAGUGGUAAGCUGGUGAUAAGUCAAAGUGCCUUGUGACUUGUGAUAAAUUGUGGAUGGAGGAGCAUGUUUGCUCUCUCAUUUGAAAAUAAUUGCAAAGUUCCUGAAUACAUGGGGAUCAAUUGCUGUAAUUUCUUUGAAGCUUACGUUACAAUAUUGUCACUAUACCAGUAAAAGAUUUUUUAAUUUUUAGUGCUAUGCUUAAAGCUGCAAUGUGUAGUGAACUAAUUUUUUUUACUUUUGCAUUUCUUUAUAAAGAGAAUAAUUGAUAAUUUCACACAUUAGGCUAAUUGGUGCUUGAUGCAUUGGUUUUGCCACAUUCAGAAUGGCAAUAUAGAACUGCUAGAUUGUAUAGAGGCAUCAUCACAUUUUGGUGUGCGGUGACAUUUUAGAGGACCCUCUCGUGUGAAAGAAGGUGAAGUAGUUAUUGUCCAGCAAGAUAUGAUGUGCAUGUAAACCAUUAUUGGGAAAAGACCCUUCCAUGACAGAAUGGAUCAUACUCAACAGCAUUAAACAACUGUAAAGUAUCAUUCAAGGUCAGCUACAGCUGCAGACUGUAACAGUAUAGCAACAUUGUUGUUAGUGGUGUAACUACAAUAGCAUUUUUUUCACAAUUUCUAAACUACUUAAAAAGUAGCAGGUCUAAAUCUCAGUAGAUGGUCUUCAUGGAAGUGAAAUUAUUUGUUUGGUCAGACCCCCUUUAACAAUGGUGGCUUGUUGUAGAAUUUCAUACAUAAAUGUUAUUGACUUAAAUGGUUUAUUGGCAGAGCUCUAAAAGGCUGCAAGAAGUUGUGCAAAGUGUGACUUGACCAAUGAAGCAGAGGAUAAGCCACAGCGAACCCUCCACAGUGUAACAUAAGGCUGAUGUUGCCGUCCCAGAAGCUGUCUAACGUUCAGGAACCUGGGACAUCAGUAUGAUCAGAGUUGAUGACUACUUUAAGUUUAUUAUAUGAUUUUUCAUACUGAUUUUUCCUGGCAUGAUAAUUUUGUAUCUCCAUGUUUAAAGGAUUUUUAUGAUGCUACAGGCAUGGUAAGUCUUACCAGUAAUCCUGAUCUGACUUGAGUGAAAUUAUCACUCCUUAAUAUUUGACGAGGUUCCUAUUGAUGUCCCAUUUACCCUGUUAUGGUGUACAAAUCAACUGUAGAUAUGUCCCAAAUAUCUACAGCAUAUACAAGCUCAAGACCACACAUCCACUGUUCUUUCCCUUGUGCAAAUGAACCACAAACCAGGACUGCGUUAUGCAACAGUGUGGUUCGGUGGUGACUGUUAUGUUAGUACCACACUCCAAACUGUCCUCUUUUAAGUAAUUCCUCUGACAGCUUCUUGGGAUGCCUACAUGAGGUUCAACAAAUUUAAUUUGAGGUCACAACAGUGCCUCCACCAUGUGUUCAAACCAACAGAUGGCUGUUGUAAAUUCCUAAACAUACUACCAGUAAUUAAGUAAAAAAAUAUAUUGGGCAUUGUUGGAACUAGGCAUUUGAUUAAUAGUUGUGAAGAAUUUUUUUUACAGAGCUCCUCCAGUCUUUGAACAUACAUGAAUAAAUCGUAUUUACACGAGAAAUUUAUCAGUAUUCCUAUUAUUUCAGUGGCUAGUUUCUUGUUAACAAAUCAUUGUAGUAUACUGGUAGAGUGUUUAGGAAAACAGUGGUUAGCAGACUUGUACAAUAGCUAGUUGACAACUAUGGAGGUGACUCAAUUAAUCUUACCAAAUUGUGCAAAAAUUUAUUUCAAACUGAACCCCUCUCAUGAAGUGUAGUGUAUAAUAAUAUUACCUAGUAUACCAAAAAUUCAUAUGCAACAUAUUUGUGUGCCUGUGUGUGUGUGUGUGCAUGUGUAAUAUAUACAGUAUUUAAUUUUAUAAAUUUAAAAUUAUUUAAUAUGUGUACACUAUAUAAUUACACAAAAUAUGCAUGAAUAUCCAAACAGUUGUAAUUAAUAUUGGUUGAUGGCACACAUGAUCCCAGAGAAAAUAAAGCAGAUGGUAAGAAAAGCACUAUAUAUUUCAGCCUCAUUCUGAGGCUCUUGUCAUGAUACCUUAAUGCAAAUACAACACACAUGAUCUGGCACCUCUUUUAGUAAAGACAAAAUUACCAGAGUGACUACAGAUGGCAGUGUGUAUAAUGCACAAUAACUUGCACUAUUUAUACUGCAGCUGUAGUAAUCCCUUGUUUUUGUGAUUCUAAGUAUAUUUUGCUAACAUUUGAUACUAGGUGUCACCAAGGUUAGUAGCUGUAUUAACUUACCAAUAACUAUAGCUAUUGCCAAGUUAAUUGGGUUGUCAGGUGAAUAAAUCAAAGGGUUAGAAUAAUGUUCCUUCAUGGCAGACCAAGAGCUAAUACAUUUUUAUUUGAUGCAUAAAAAAUUACAAAUAAAAACAUCAAAGUACAUGAAACAACUUUGCUUGGAUGAAAUGUUUAAAAAGAUAGCCAAGAAGCAUGAGUGUCAUGGCAGUAGGCCUAUUUCUGAAGAUCCUCUAACUUCAACAUUAAGUGCUGUAUGACCCUUGUAGGUUUAGCACUUCUUUUUUAUUAUAAUAAUAAUUCAACAUUAAGUACCUCAGAUGUCCUCCCCAGCAACAUCACAAAACCAUGAUGAAACAGACCCUUAUGGGUUUAGCGCUUGGUUAUGAUUAUAAUAAUGCGAUGAUGAGACAGUAAUCCUGACAACCUAAAACAGUCAGACUUUUGUGGUUAGCUCUACAAUUCUAGUAAAAUUAUAAAAUUUACGACUUUGGGAGCAGUAGUACUGCAACUAAACCUCCUCUUUAUAUAAUUAUGUUUAAUUUAACUUCCCAACAGGUGAUGGUGCUUUAGAGACAUGGAAGGUGUACGAUUAGUGGGUCAGAGGUGUAUUGUUGAAUUAUCAUUAUAUGACCUCUGUUGUUCUGGCAAAAUCAGUAUUCCAACAAAGCUUAGGAAUCAAGGGUGCUGGAAAAUCAGUGUUGUGCCUGUACUACAUUCUGUUCUAUUUUCUCCUUAUAGAUAUAUACGUGCAUACAUACACUCAAACAUAUGUUAUAUAUAUAUAUUUUUUUUUAACAAGUCAGCCGUCUCCCACUGAGGCAGGGUGACCCAAAAAGAAAGAAAAUCCCCCAAAAGAAAAUACUUUCAUCAUCAUUCAACACUUUCACCUCACUCACACAUAAUCACUGUUUUUGCAGAGGUGCUCAAAAUACAACAGUUUAGAAGCAUAUACGUAUAAAGAUACACAACAUAUCUCUCCAAACCGCCAAUGUCCCGAACCCCUCCUUUAGAGUGCAGGCAUUGUACUUAACAAUUCGCAAACAGGUGAAAUUACAGUAGAACCCCCAUAUCCAUGGAUUUGGUAUCCAGGGUUUCAGUUAUUCAGUUUGCUGUGGCCCAAAAAUGCCUCUUAAUUUUGCAUAAUAAUGAUCCCAAAGCACAAAAGUAGAGAAGCUGGCAGUUCUUCAAAGCUUAAGAGAAGCUGUGAAAUGCUUCCUAUCAGAGAAAAAGUGAUAAUUCUCCACUCAUUGUGCAUAAUUUAUAAAUUAAACUUUGUAAUAGGUAUAUAUAAGACUUAUAUGUAGGGUUUGCUAUUAUCCAUGGUUUCGGUAUCCACGGCAGGUCCUUGGAAUGUAUCCCCCAUAGAGUAGGGGGGUCCUACUGUAUUUACAAACAUUAUCUCUCAGUCCACAGCAGGAUUCGAACCUCCACACUGCAUUAAAGUAUGUAGUAACUUCUCCAUUCUGCCAGAUCUUGGAUCUGGCUGAGUGAAGGUACUACAGACUUUGAUGCAGAGUGUGUAGGUUCAAAUCCUGUUGUGCACAGAGAUAAUGUUUGUAAUGUACAUACAUACACACACAUACACAUACAUACACAUACAUACACACACAUGCACAUACAUACACAC